AUACAUUGGUCGAAAAAAACAUGACAAUGAACGUAUAGAAAUUUUUCUCUUCUAAUUUUUAAUCCAGUUUGAUUAUUCCAGACAAAAAAAAACUUUCUUCUCAUUCUUUCCUGUAUGUAAUAAACAGUGUAUUGGUUGUUCAUCCGUUACUUUGCGUAUAUUUUCCUUGUAAAAUACACACAUACACUACGCCAAUCCAAUGAGGAUAGAUAUUGAGUCAACGUUGCUUGACCGGGCAAUACCAGAUUGGUACAGCAACAGCAAACGAUUCAUCAUAUGAAGAAGCUGCUUGUAUAUUAUUUCGUUUUAAUUCACUAUUAUGAAGAAUACAAUUACAGUUAUCGUAAUUCUUAUUUAUAGUUUAAUAGACCAUGGAUAUACACAAAAUACUAAAUGUGGCUUAGGGAAAUUUCGAUGUACGAAUGGUCAGUGUAUAGAAAGUGAUUUAUUAUGUGAUGGACGACCAGAUUGUGCAGAUAAAUCUGAUGAAACUCUUAUAGAAUGUAAUAAACCAGAUAUGAUAUGUCCUGAUAUUGCUUUUCGAUGUUCAUAUGGUGCAUGUGUAAAUGGAGAUGCAAUUUGUAAUGGGAUUAAAGAUUGUAUCGACAACAGUGAUGAAACAUUACCAAAUUGUAACAAUUCAACUCAGACAUCAUGUUCAAAGAAUCAAUUUAGGUGUAAUGAUGGACAAUGUAUUCCAGAACUUAGUCUGUGUGAUGGUAUUGCUGAUUGUGCAGAUAGUUCGGAUGAAACAUUUAUUAAAUGUGGAUCAAUUGUCUGUCCAGGGCUUUUUUUUCAUUGUUUCUAUGGUGCAUGUAUUGAUGCUAAUUUAAAAUGUAACGGAGUUAGAAAUUGUGUUGAUGGUUCUGAUGAAGAUCCAGUACUUUGUAAAGCUAAUACUACAACAGUGGCACCUCCUAUACCAAUAAAACCUACUACUGUAUCAUCUACCACUUGGGCUUUUGCAACGUGUACUGUACCACCACCACCAGCAAAUGGUUACAGGAAGUUAUACAAACCAGGUUGUUGUAAGUCUGAUGGAGGUCAGCAAUGUAAUUUCUGUGAUAUUCCUAAAGGUGCUAAGUUAGUACCUGGACAAUAUUUAGUUUAUGGUUGCAACCAUGGUUAUAAGCUCACUGGUGGGCCUUCUCAGGCAUUUUGUACUCAAGAUGGUGAAUGGUCACAAAUUCCAACUUGUACAGAAAUAUACUGUGAACCUUUAGACUCCAGUUCAAGAAGUGCUAUGUGCCGAUAUCAUGGUAUAUAUGCAUCAUGUCAGGCUUCUGUUUUGCCUGGUACAGUUGCAAACUUAAAGUGUCUUCCUAGCUAUCGUCAAGAUACAACAGUGCUAUCAACAUCAGACCUGAUUAUAUGUAAUGAAAAUGGUCAAUGGGAACCAAAGCCAAUACAGUGCAUUCCAGAAUGUGGUGUACCAGCUGGAAACUAUAUACCCCUUAUUUCAAAUGGAAUUCGUCCUAACAUUUCUGAACUUCCAUGGCAUGCAACUCUUUACAGAGAAAUUCAACCCAAUAAUACUAAAGAAUUUAUUUGUGGUGCAACUAUUAUUCACGAGAAAUUUCUAGUUACAGCAGCGCAUUGUGUGACAGGUGAUACUAACUCUCCACGAUAUUAUGUAGCAACAGGCAAUAUUUUUAGAGACUACGACUCCAUCUUUCAUGAUCCAUCAAUAGUAAAGAAGGCUAUGGUUAAAACUGUAUAUAUUCCGUGCAAUUUUAUAGGAUUUGAUGGAAAUUAUGCUGAAGAUAUUGCUUUGCUGGAAAUUGAUCAACCAUUUAUACUUACAGCAACUUUAGUACCAAUAUGCUUAGAUGUUACUCAAAACGUACUGCAGUUAGAAGUAGGAGAUUAUGGAAAAGUAGCAGGAUUUGGAAGAACAUCUACAGGAGAAAAUAGUGCUAUUCUACAAGCAAUUGAAGUUCCAUAUAUUUCUAGAUCUAAAUGUCAGUCAGCAAGCAAAGAACAUCAGACGACAAAGCUUAUUACACCUGAUAAAUUUUGUGCAGGUUACACAAACGGUACAUCAGUUUGUGAAGGUGAUAGUGGUGGAGGAUUAGUUUUUAAAAGAGAUGGAGUGUGGUACUUAGGAGGUAUUGUUAGUGUUAGUCUUGGUGUAGUAGCGCAAGGUGGAAAUACAAUUUGUAACACCAAUACAUAUACGUUAUAUACGAAAGUUUCUGAUCAUGUAACACGGAUUCGGGACGUUGUUAAUAGACGAUUAAGUACAUCACCAUGUUUUUAAACAAAAUGUUAAUGUCAAAAUGUCCAUGAUAAUUUAUAUAAGUAUAUCCUGACAUAUUUACAUCGUUAGAUGCAAAAUGUUUUUGAAACGUGUCGUCCAAUUAGGAACAAAUUUUGCUAAUUGAUGAGAGCAAGAUGAGUAUUGAUGUAUAAAUGCUAUAUUUUCAAGUUAUUGGCAUUUAAAGUCUUUCAGUACAGGAAGUGUUUGAAUGAUAUAUCAAAUAUAUGAACUUUAAAUUUAAUCUAGUCAACCAUGUUAGCAUAAAAAACAGUGAGUAAGAAUGAAAGUGAUAUUAUUAAAAAUACUGAAGGACUAUUAAAACAAUUAGGAAAUGUAUUUUAUGACUAACAGUGCGAUAUUAUAAUGUUUGUAUCUUAUUUAGCGAAUAAUACUCUGAAUAUUUUGUUUGAAAUGUCAGUUUGAAUGACUGCAAUUUCGAAACAAGGCAUCUAGAAGUCAAUUUUUUGUACAUAAUAUUUUAUUGUUAUACUCGUUAGAAUAUUUUUUUAAGGGUUGGUCAUUUUUUAUAACUAGGGUAAAGAAUUAAUAACAUGUGAACUACAUAUAGUUAUAUGUAGACUGUGGAUGUCAUUAUUUGAUUUACGCAUUCAUGUCUAAUGAAUUAUUAAUGCAUAAAUAUCGGCAGUUUAUUUGUAAAUAAUAUGUUGAAUAAUAAAUACAAGAUAUUGAAAUAUUUGUAUAUCAUAUGAAUGUAAAACAUACUUGUAAAUAAACAUAAACUUUCUUCGUUCGAAAAAACGAAGAACAGUGCAUAACAAUAA